AUGGAUUUCGUCAAACUUCCAAUACUCCAGCACCCCCGUCUGACCAGGUCGAAUGCUGAAAGAUCAGAGGGCCGAUACUGGAGAGAGUUCAAAAACCCAGUAUUUGUCAAAUCAUACGCCCCCAUCUCUCAUAUCACCUUCUCUUCCAAAGUGCCUCACCGAUAUUGCGUCAGUUCGGGAACAAAAAUCCAAAUCUACUCUCCUAAGACGUUGAGGGUGGUCAAGACGAUCUCGCGAUUUCAACUGCCCGCUCGAUGUUCAGAUAUCAAAUCAGAUGGCAAGCUAGUCGUCUCUUCCGAUGAUUCAGGACUCAUCCAAGUGUUCGACCUCAAUUCUCGAGCCAUCCUGCGUACCUUCAGGGAAAUCAAACAACCCGUUCAUGUCGUUAAAUUUUCGCCGACCUCAACAAAUGUACUCACAUGUUCGGAUGACUCGACCGUGCGUCUCUAUGACCUAGCUACUUCCAAAACAAUCCGGACAUUUAUGGGCCAUACGGAUUACGUCCGUGCCGGGGAUUUCACUGGACCGAACCUAGUACUGUCAGGAAGUUACGAUGGUCAACUGAAGCUUUGGGAUGACCGGAUGGAGGAAAAUGGCGGGUUGGCUUGGUCCUUGAAUCACGACCACCCAAUUGAAAAGAUCUUGAUCCAUCCGACUUCAACUCUUGCAAUCUCUGCGGGUGGCCCGGUUGCGAACGUAUGGGACAUCCUUGGAGGUGGUGGAAAUAAACAGUCUCUCGUAUCGCUCUCGAACCAUCAAAAGACCAUCACCUCCUUAUGCUGGGCGCGAGGCCCAUGCGGGGACGUUGAUGAAGGAAGUCAAUCAACAAGACGUCUCCUUUCUGGCGGACUUGACGGCUUAGUCAAAGUUUACGAUAUUUCAACUGGCUCGUACAAAGUUCGACAUACCAUCAAGUACAGCUCACCCAUUUUGUCCAUGGCGGUUUCGCCUGAUGAUAGCUUGUUGGUCGUCGGCUGCACUGACGGAAGUCUGAGUAUGAGAAAACGACCCAAGUCUUCAAAUGAGAUCGCCGCCAACAAGGCCACCAAGGCACACAAAUCCUUGUCUACCGCAAACAAAGGAACUGAUCCCACAGCCAACGAAGCCGAAGUCGUAUGGGGUAAGCAAGACGCCAAUCUAAUUGAGGAAAUGGCUGGAGCUGGGAUGGAUACUGUCGAUGAGGAGACUGCUCAUGGAUUCCCUGAUGCGAGGGCAACCGGACUUCUAACAGCUGAAGCCAUGACCACCACCCCGAAAACGAGUACGAUUCAGCGGAAAAAGAAACAGCGCUUACAAACUUGGGACAAGAUGUUGAAAGCUUUCCGUUACGGCGAUGCCCUAGACUCGGUCCUCUCCUCAACAGUUCCCCCAAAUACGACAUUCUCACUGAUACGUGAACUGAUGCAUCGGGAUGGGCUUCACCAAGCACUAUCGGGUCGGGAUGAAGUCAGCUUGGCCCCAAUUCUGCGGCUCAUUUCGAGACACAUAACCGAUCCGCGUUGGUUUAACAUCGCCUCAGAUGUGCUGAACUGUAUCAUCAAUCUUUACCACGCUGUGUUGGGCAAGUCACAAACUAUUGACGCGCUGCUUUCGGCAAUAUCUUUUCGAAUUUCUGACGAACUGAAGUUACAUUCCACUCUAUUUUCCGUUAAUGGACAACUGGAGAUGAUACUUUCUGGGUACGAUUGA